CAGUCCAGUAGUUUAUAAGGUCAAUUGUCAAGGUCUAUGGUAUUAAAAUGAGUGUUUGGUAUUUUGUUGUAUAUUACUUAUAUUAGUAAUAUUAAUAUUACUGAUAAGUGAUACUGAUAGUAGUGAUAGUUAAAAAUGGAUAAAGCGCAAAUUUCAGCGGUUUUGCAAAUUCUCAAAAAAUAUAAUUUAAAGGGCACUGAAGAUUUCUUACGUAAAGAAGCUAACUUUGCGGAUAAUGUUGAUGACCACGUUCUUCAGCAAGAUUCCUCUGUAAACAGUGUUUUGACUGGAUAUAAAAGUGAUGGUGAUCCAGAAACAUAUGAAGCUUCUUAUCUCGAAUUGAAAUAUUUUGUGGAAGGAACAUUAGACAUUUAUAAACAUGAACUAGGAACUAUUUUAUAUCCUGUAUUUGUACAUAUGUACUUAGAAUUGGUAUACAAUGGACAUACAGAGAAAGCUAUUUCCUUAAUGAAGAAAUUUGGACCAGAACAAGAUUCUUACUAUCAGGAUGACUUAAGAAAAUUAGCUCUGGUUAUAAAACGAGAUCAUAUGAAUGGAAAUGAAUUAGCAGAUACAUUCAAAUCCAACCAAUUUAUUAUUAGAAUAUCUAGAGAUACUUUAUCAUUAUUAAAGCGACAUCUGAAUGAAAAGAAGGCUUCUGUUUUACUUAACAUCAUUCAAGAACAUUUAUAUUUUGAUAUGUAUGAAGGUGUAGCUCGAAAUAAAAAACAAAUUGAUGCUACAUCUGGAGCCAUUGGAGGAGAAGCUAAAAGACAAGGUUACUGGUAUGUUAGGCAAAUCCGUCUCGAUGGAACCAUAAAUGUUGACGCACUAGUUGCUGAACUCAAUGUUAUAGGGUUAUGUAUAAGUGGACUGUAUUUAUCGUACUUUUGGGAUAGCCUAGUGAUUGAAAUGAUAGAACUUGUAAUUGGUAAACUUGUAUUGGAGAUGAGAAAACAUACAACAUCCUUCUUCGAAGGUUUAAUAUGUACUGCCCAACAUGAGCGCUUUUACUUUGGAAAAUUGUAA